GGCCAACACACAUUAAAUGGAUAAAUUUUAACAAAUCCUUUCAACACAAACCCAAAACAGACAUCUCCUUUUAGAUUAGAAAACAUGGGAUUGCCUCUGCUACCCAUAUUCUCAAUCACCCUAAUCACCUUCCUCUUCUACCACCUCUACCCACGGCUGAGAUACAAGCUCCCACCGGGCCCCCGCCCGCUGCCGGUCGUCGGCAACCUCUACCAAGUCAAACCGGUGAAGUUCCGAUGCUUCGCGGAGUGGGCCCAGGUCUACGGCCCCAUCUUUUCGUUCUGGAUGGGCUCGACGCUGAACGUGGUCGUUUCGAGCUCGGCACUGGCGAAGGAGGUGCUGAAGGAGAAGGACCAGCAGCUGGCAGAUAGGCAUAGGAGCAGGUCGGCGGCGAGGUUUAGCAAGGACGGGCAGGACCUCAUCUGGGCCGAUUAUGGGCCUCAUUAUGUGAAGGUUAGGAAAGUUUGUACGCUUGAAUUGUUCACUCCGAAGAAGCUUGAGGCCCUUCGGCCCAUUAGGGAAGAAGAGGUUACGACGAUGGUUGAGUCCUUGUACAAUGACUGCACCAAUCUUGAAAACUCGGAAAAAAGUUUGUCAGUGAGGAAAUACUUGGGAGCUGUAGCACUCAACAACAUAACGAGGCUGACAUUCGGAAAACGGUUCAUGAAUUGGGAGGGCGCGCAGGACGGUCAAGGACUUGAAUUCCAGGCAAUUGCGGCCGAAGAACUGAAAUUGGGAUCGUCGCUGGCUACGGCUAUGCACUUCCCCUGGCUCCGGUGGAUGUUCCCCCUGGAGGAAGAGGCUUUCGCCAAGCAUGGGGCACGGUGGGACCGAUUCAACAGGGUCAUCAUGGAGGAACACACCGCCACCCGCCACAAGAGCGGUGGCACCGCCCAACAUCAUUUUCUGGACACGUUGCUUACAUUGAGAGAGAAGUAUGAUCUGAGCGAGGUCACCAUCAUUGGGCUCCUUUGGGACAUGGUAAUUGCAGGCAUGCACACAACGGCUAUAUCAGUCGAGUGGGCAAUGGCUGAGGUGAUCAAGAACCCUAGGGUGCAACAAAAGGUUCAAGAGGAGCUAGAUCGGGUCGUUGGCUACGAACGGGUCAUGACCGAAUCCGACUUCUCCAACCUCCCUUACCUACAAUGCGUAACCAAAGAGGCAAUGAGGCUACACCCUCCAACCCCACUGCUACUUCCCCACAAGGCUAAAUCCAGCGUCAAGAUUGACGGGUACGAUAUCCCUAAAGGAUCCCAUGUCCACGUAAACGUGUGGGCUGUGGCUCGUGACCCAGAAGUUUGGAAAAACCCAAACGAGUUCCGGCCUGAGAGGUUCUUGGAAGAGGAUGUUGAUAUGAAGGGUCACGAUUUCCGGUUGCUGCCUUUCGGAGCGGGCCGACGCUUCUGCCCUGGGGCUCAACUCGGGAUCAACUUGGUGACAUCGAUGCUCGGUCACCUUCUCCAUCACUUUUGGUGGACCCCACCGGAAGGUGUGAAGGCAGAGGAGAUAGACAUGUCGGAGAAUCCGGGAACGGCGACUUACAUGAGAACCCCUAUACAGGCUGUUGCUAAUCCAAGAUUGCCUGCUCACCUGUACAAACGUGGUGUUGUUGACCUGUAGUUUUUGUAUCCAUAAUUUGCUGCUAUUCUUUUACGCAUCAAAUACUUUUGCUUUUGAACUCCAAUAACGAGAUUGUAAUUUGUAAUGUGUUCAGGGUUUAUGCAUAGCAAGACCCAAAAACAAGGCACGACAUUCCUGUCCUGUUUUCGCCUA